AAAACCGGGAAAGUGAGAGAGAGGGAAAUGAGGGCCAAAAUCAAAAAAUUUAACGAAAACCAAAUAGAAAAUCGAAAUGCCUCCUGAUAUUGUCUCACUGGUGUGAGUCGAGUGAUUCAGAGAGACUGAGACGGAGACUGAGAGAGAAAUGAAGACUGCAGCAAAGAGUUUGGUCAUCGAGAUCGAAGACGACGACUUCCUUUCUCAGGUGGCGGCGGCUGAGGCCCAGGCGCUCGCCAGCAAGCGUCGGCGUAUCAGUAUCGCACCCUCUCCAAACUCCGCCGUUUCUUUCCAUUCCCGAGCGAAUCACAAAGAAGGCUUGGACAGCGAAGAUGGCGGUAUUUACACCGCGGCUCUCAAAGGAAGCCAAAGAGCAGCCCCCGAGCCUCCACGCGGUGGAUUUUCGACGGGGAGAGUCAAUGUCGGCCGGACCGGAAACGACGGCAUUUCUGCUGGCGGUGGUUCGUGCUUCAAGUGCGGAAAACCGGGACACUGGGCCCGCGAUUGUGAUGUCACCGGUGGAGGGUAUUAUGGUAAUUCCGGCGGCGGGGACUCUUCGGCUUCGAUUUCGGUUCCGGAGAAGAGCUGCCCCUGUGGAUUUGGCGCCUGCAUGGUGCUCACUGCAAAUACUGAGAAAAAUCGAGGUCGAAAGUUUUACAAAUGCCCUCUUAGACAGGAAAAUGGGGGAUGCGGUUUCUUUGAGUGGUGUGACAAUGCUUCUGGGCCUAAUGUAAUGGCUAGUACUGGUAUGGGUAGUGGUAGCGCUACUAGGACCCAUAGUUAUGCUGCAUCUGAUUCUUCAUUUCCUGCUCUUGAAUGUCCCUGUGGCGGUGGUCUGUGCUUAAUCUUAACAGCCAAAACUGGCAAAAACAUCGGCAGCCAAUUCUAUCGUUGCCCUGCAAACGAGGGAUGCGGUUUCUUCAAGUGGUGCAAUGAGCAUACUGGGGCAGCUGCUGGUGUUCUGGGUGGCAGCGCUGCCAAGGUGGAAAGGAAGGUUUUGAGUGAGGCAAGUAACAAUGGCUUUGGUGUAAGAACUGGUUCUUCCUGCUUUAAGUGUGGAAAGGAAGGGCAUUGGGCAAGAGAUUGCCCAGCAGUUCCUUCCUAUAAUGCUCCAGUUGAGUUGGAAGCACGGUCUGCUGCUUCACCGGGCUCUUGCUAUAAGUGUGGCAAGCCAGGGCACUGGGCGAGGGACUGCCCUUCUGGUUAAUGUGCAAUGUACUACUGAAAGACAACCAUUUCUUGAGUUUAAUGUUUGUGUUUUGAAGUUUUUCAAGACUAGCUGUUUCUUGAUAUGAUAUGAGAGAUUGAAAAGAGGAUUAACACAACCAUAUUAGGCCUGGUAAUAGUUUUCUGAGAAACUUGUGGAACAAGUAAAUAGAACUUCAGGAUC